AUGAGCGAUACACGCUUACCUCUGUUCGCCCGGCACGACCUCGACAACGCAAAGUAUAGCCCCUCGAAGACGUCUGCGUCCGAGGCCGAGUCGCCGUUGAUGGCGCAUUCGACGACGACAACGACGACGACAUCGUCUUCACGACUCAGCCAGACGGAUUCCUUGUUGGAUGAAUUGUCCGAGCAGCGAAGAAUGCCCACCCAACGGCCUCAUGUCCCCCACCUGAUACUCCCCUCGACAAUGUCCCCUCCACUGACAGGCCUCGAUGCUGUUCACGCGCCCUAUAGCAAUUACACGACAUAUCCACAUUAUUAUGCCGUCCCCGCGCCUGCCGCCACCAGCCCCGUCUUGCGCGAGCACCCCAUCCAGUACCAGUACCCGUCCAUUCACGCAGCAACCGCACCUCAACAACAAUAUCAACAGCAUCAGCAUCAACAGCAACAUCAUCAGCAACAACAACAGCACAGAGUUUAUACGCAAGCUCCGAUGCAGGCCAUGGCUUACCAUCCUGCCGCCCGCCGCGACUCGAUCAGCAUGUACUACAACUAUGACUAUUCUGGGAUGCAGUCCCCCGUCAGUCCCUAUGCAUACCACUACCCUGCAUUUGUGCAUGCAACCCCGGCUUCUCCGCCCCAGUUCCCCCCACAACCUCCCGUUUUGCGAUCGCCGCCCCCCAUGCCCUCUCCUCCACCCGUUCAGAUGCAUACAGUCAGACAGAGCCGUGCUCUGUCUUCGAGCCAACCAAUGCCACCCACAUUGACGAAAUCCGCGACGGUCAACACGAAUGACAAGCGAAGACGCCCUGUCACGCUCUACGCAAGUGCGUCGACAUAUGGUCACCAAAUGCAGCGCAAUCCGCGCAGGGACCCCCGCGAUCCGCACCCACAUCCGUCCCUUCAUCCAAAUGGACAAAGCGGACUCUUGGCCGAUUUCAAAAACCACAAAUUUAAACGAUUCGAGCUAAAGGAUGUAUUCGGACAUUGCGUCGAGUUUAGCACCGAUCAGCACGGUUCGAGAUUCAUCCAGCAAAAGCUCGAUACAGCUAGUUCGGACGAGCGACAGGCCGUGUUUGAUGAAGUCAUUCCUGCGGGCAACUUUAGCGUGCUCGCGUUUGACGUAUUUGGCAACUAUGUCAUUCAGAAACUGUUCGAAUACGGGUCGCCGCUCCACAGGAGACUGCUUUGUAGCGCCAUGGAAGGUCAUGUGUUGCAACUAUCGCUCGACAUGUACGGAUGCCGCGUCGUCCAAAAGGCCUUGGACUGCGGCACACCUCAGCAGCAAGCGGCCGUUGUGAGCGAACUCAACGGACACGUCUUGCAAUGCGUCAAGGAUGCAAACGGUAACCAUGUCAUUCAAAAGAUUAUGGAACUCGUCCCAUCCCAACGCAAUGUCCUCCUCGAUGCCUUCUCAGGCAACGUCCGCAAUUUGGCAUCGCAUCCAUAUGGCUGCCGAGUGCUUCAACGCUCUAUUGAACACGCCGCGCCGGAAGAAACCGCGUCGCUUCUAGAGGAAUUGCACCAAAACUCUUCGUUGCUGAUGCAGGAUCAGUUUGGGAACUAUGUCGUGCAGUACAUCCUCGAACACGGCGCACCUGCGCAUCGCGACCGGAUGAUUGACUCGCUUCGUGGAAACGUCCUCUCGAUGGCGCGACACAAGUUUGCUUCCAAUGUAUGCGAAAAGGCACUCCUCGUUUCAAACGACGUCCAAAGACGGGCACUCAUCGAGGAGAUGCUGGCUCCAAUGUCCAACGGCACCAGCCCUGUUUCGAUCAUGAUGAAGGACCAGUAUGCAAACUAUGUCCUGCAAAAGGCCAUAAGCCUUUCCGAGCCGGAGCUACUGCAGGCGCUCGUAAGUGUGGUGAUUACCCAGCUUGCGACGAUGCGACGACCUUCGCCGAAUGCGAGUGGUAAUGGAGCAAAUGGCAAGCAGAUUGCCAGUAUCGAACGACUGCUCAAGGAAAAGGGCUUUACAGUCGACAAACCCUCGGUCAAGAUCUCGUCUCCUGCUGGCUUGAGCGGAUCUGAAGGGACGUCGUCGGGUACCCCGACGCCGUAA